AUGGACAAUUCUCCCACAGAAUUGUCAGACCUCGUCAGCCCAGUUUUCUCCUUCUCCCAAGAGUCCCGGACCUUGUCUGCCCACAGCUGUCAUUCAAGCCAAAGUAGCAACUCUGUCCUGACCCGCUGGUCAUCUCCAGUGCUCUCUAACGACAAGCCUCUCGAGAAGGGUGGCAGCUCAGACGAGCAUGAGACAUUCUCUGAAUACGCCGAUGAUCGAUAUCCUUUGCUUUGGUACGGUGUUCUCCUGCUCGACCCUUUUACGGCCUACCUGAGAGUCCCUAAUACUGUUUCUCGUCUUCUCGCCGAUUUGGGGAGUAGACAUGUGGGAAGUCAUCCACCAUCGAGACGAAGCAUUCGGGAUAGCAAUGAAUUACACAUGCUUUGGGAGCAUUCGACGCGUGAAGAUAUCCGCCUUUACUUUCAAGGGUCAGGCAUCUCCCUGUUCCCAGGGGAACAGCUCCUACUGCAUAGCGUUAGCGGUGAGCUCAUCUAUCAUCACUUGAUGCGCCGUAUGGAUAGCCGAUUCUCAAUCCAAGCCCCAGCACCAGACGUCAUGUACGGAUAUCGAGAAGCUGCGCUCCAUCGUCCAAAUGGUAUACCGAGCUGGGUCAUCGACGACGGAAAGGCCACAAAGUCGAACCUGUUCUACCCGUUCUUGACAGUCCAGAUGCAAGGUCAUGGCUUUGGAUCUGACGGAUGUAUGCACAAGGCAACCAACGAGUGCAUGAUUGCCUCGUCUAUCUGCGUCAGAAUGCUCGACAGACUCAACCAGCGCCUUGCCGUCCGUCAGCGAGGCGACACCUCUACAAUGAUAAACAGCGCCGCCUUUAGCAUCGCCAUGAACGGCGCAGUUGCACGCAUCUACGUCACUUUUGCGUUUGAUGAGACGAGAGACCACGUCUACAAGGUCGACAGCUUUGUCCUCGAGGAUCCAUCGCAUUACAGGAAAUUCCAUCGGUACAUCCAGAGUAUCAUUGACUGGGGGAAGAAUGAGCGACUUUGGGAGAUUCGAGAUGCCAUAGGGGUUAUUGAAAAAUUAGAUAGGAAGAAAUAG